AUGCUGAAAUCUUUAAGUUUGAUAUCUGAUGGCUGCACAGAUUGGUCAGUGGACUACCUAAAAUACCGGGUGCUUCAGGGUGAGCCAGUACGGCUGAAGUGUGCUCUCUUCUACGGCUACAUCCGGGCCAACUACAGCCAGGUACAGAGUGUGGGCCUCAGCCUCAUGUGGUACCGUAGCUCUGGCCUUGGACACAGCGACUUUGAGGAGCCCAUCUCUUUCGACGGAGUUCGCAUGAGCAAAGAAGAAGACGCCAUCUGGUUUAGGCCUGCUGACCUACAAGACGUGGGCCUGUACUCCUGUGUCCUACGGAACUCUACAUACUGCAUGAAGGUGUCCAUGUCUCUGACUGUGGCUGAAAAUGACACAGACCUUUGUUACAACUCAAACUUGAGAAGAACUGAAAAGGCUGAACUCAGUAAGAGUAAAGACAUCCUCUGUCCUGACAUCGAUGACUACGUUGAACCAGGCAAAGAGCCUGAGAUCACGUGGUACAAGGAGUGCCAUCCAAAGCAGUGGCGUGCCAGUAUAUUUCAGAAGAGGGACAUCUUGUCCAUUCAAGAAGUUAAGGAAGACGAUAUUGGGAAUUAUACCUGUGAAGUCCAGUUUGGUGGCUUUGUCGUCAGAAGGACGACUGAACUCACAAUGCAGAGAAGCUUCACUGAACCCAUCAAACUGGACCAGAACCAGAGCAGAACCAGGCCUCCAGACCCAUCGGUGAAUCUUGAGCGCUGCCACCCGGCCCACGAGGACCUCUAA